CGGCGCACUCGCCCCGGACGGUCAAAAUGUCCAUUGUUGUUGUUUGUUGUUGUUGUUGUUGUUGUAGCCGUAUUCCGUCGGCGCGUGCGUAAGCGUACGUGUUGUACCCAACCGCUUUACGUAGAACCGGCGACAGCGGUUUAUCAUAUUAAUAAUUACACGUUAUUUUUGUUCUCUCUCUCUCACGAAAAGAAAGUAUACCCGCCGGACGGGUGGGGGCUGCAAGUGGGUGACCCGUUGACCCGUUGCCGUUGCCGUUGCCGCCCGUGUGCAGUAUCGUUCGUUUGCGUGCCGCCGACGUCUCCGUUUGCGCCGGAACCGUAGCCACAGAAACUGCCCAGCGACCGACACGCGCGCGUCCAACUUUAGCGUUCGUUCGUUCGUUCGUUUGAUUGUUUGAUUGUUUGUUUGUUUAGCUUUUCGACGUCAUUGUCGCCGUCGCCGUAGUGAGUACACGUUGCCAACAAACAGUGUGACAUGUGUCGACUAACGUGGUUGUGUGCUGUGCUCGCGGCCGCCACGGCUCUCGGGGCCAAAGUGCCGGCGUCGUCCACGGUGUCCACAUCGGUAACGGAUAUGCUCUGGACCGGUCUGGAAGGUGUCUUACAGCGUAGACCCGGUGGGCCUCAGGCCGACUCGAAGCAGGUGCCGGAAAAGCGGUGCGAAUGCCAAGCCCCGGAGAUGAAGUCUUGCGUGUGCUGCUUGCGAAUGAAUUUGCCAUUUUUGGACUUGAACACCUCGCCGGGUUGUGUCAAGUUCAAGUACGUGCCGGACAUCGAGUCGAUCGCCGUGAACGUGACCUACGGCAAAGGCAACGUCCAGAACGGUGUAAUCAAGGGUGACAAUCCGGAGCCAGUGUGUAUGGACGUCUUGGCUGGGUUCGGCGAAUUGUGCGCCAGGUUCGUGGGCAACUCGUCCUCGCCUAAAGACUUUGACGGUUGUCUAAAGUUCGAAGCCACCUUGUUGAACGAAGUGCAAAACUCCAUUCCCAUGGGAUGCUUCAAAAUGGAUCAACAACGGUUAAUUUUUAAUUCCACCGUUGAAGAACCCGAAACGUCGAAUAGCACAAACAGCCAAUCCGGGUCGGAAGAGUCCGAAGAAGGCGAAGAGGACACAGACCCCAGCGAAGAAGCACUGAUCCAGGCAUUCGGCCUGACGGCCGUACAAGGAGUCACGUGGUUAGCCAAUGUGAUGGGACUGAGUUUGAACCAAACGAAUAACGCCUCGGCAACCCCAAGCAGCACAGAACAACAGCCAUCGGCACCAACUUCCCCCCAACAGUCACCAUCCCCCCAACGAAUGAGGCAACAGGAUUAGAUUGUUACAAUUGACGAUAAGACUUGGCGACAACAACCGGACGCGACGUCCAUUUUUAUCCAAAAUUAGUUUUUCAUGGAAAAAAUGUUCAUGGAAAAAUUAUUUACAUUGUUUUUUUUUAUUUUCGGUGAAACAAAACAGUACAAUUGGACGGCAGUAAACGGGGGAUAAAGAUCAUUAUUUCGAUCGUCCUGACCAAUUUCAAAAAUGGGCAUGUAUGGUUGUUGUCCACCCCCCACCCCACCAAGUCUUCAAUUUCGGUCUACUGUAUGUUUAUCCUAUCUAUAAGUAUGAUUAAUCGUGAAAAACGAUACCUCUUUCAUACCCAUUCCCGUUGGUUAAACUUUGAACUUCAACGUCAAUUUUUAACUAAAACUACUUUAAUUUAAACACUUACAAUUAAUGGCGUUACUGAAUUCCUAUUGUAUUAUUACUUAUUUAUCUUUUUUUUUUUUUACUUUAUACGAUUUUAAAUUACUAUAUAAAUAUUUUUGUAUUAUUUAUAUUAAUUUUAUUUAUAUAACUUAUGUAUUCCCUGCAAUUAUUUUUAGGCACGUUUAUUUAUAUAAUUUAUUUU